AUGGCGCAAUCACCCCAGGAUCUCAAGAUCGCCAUCCUUGGCGCCGGUAUGGGUGGUUUGACCUGUGCUCUGGCGCUGGCGAAAGAAGGAUUCAAACACAUCGAUGUCUUCGAAUAUGUGGCUGAUCUGGGCUUCGUUGGAGCUGGUAUCCAACUCGCUCCCAAUAUGGCUCGGGUCCUCGACAGGCUGGGCGUAUGGAAGGAAAUCGAGGCCGAGGCAGUAGAGAUCAAGGACACCAGUGUUCGCGUUGGCGCAGCGGAUUUUGAACUGGCUCACGUCGAGCUGGGAUAUAUCAAAGAGACGUAUGGUUAUCCCCACAUGGUUGGCCAUCGCCACUCGUUGGCUAGUGGCCUGUACAACGGCUGUCUUCGCUAUCCCGAGCAGAUUAAAUUCCAUUUCUCGACAAGCGCCGAGAGUGUCAGCUCGUUCGGUCCGCGUCCGUCUUUCACCGCGGUGCCCCGCGAUGGCACCAGUUCCUACCAGGUCGAGGCGGAUGUCCUUCUCGGCGCAGAUGGGAUUAAAAGCAAAUCGCGCGUCGCGAUGCUCGAGAAGCUGGGCAUCACAGCCAAUAUGAAAGAUACUCACCAGGCAGCGUACCGGAUCAUGAUCCAUCGGGAUCAGGUCAAGGAUGACCCGGAGCUUCUAGCCCUGAUCAGUAGCAACCGAGUGAUACGCUGGAUUGACGAGAAGCGGCACAUCAUCGCCUACCCGGUCUCUAGCAAUACCAUCUACAACCUCUCCACGACCCAACCCGAUAGCAACUUCGCCGCCGCGACCAAUGCCACCUACACCACCAAGGGCUCCAAGUCCGCCAUGCUGGGCGUCUUUGCCGAUUUCUGCCCCAUGGUUCAGCGCAUGCUUAACUACGUGCCUGAGGGUGAAGUGUGCGAAUGGAAGCUGCGCGUGCACGAGCCCCUGCCCACCUGGGUACACGAGCAGACUGCUCUUGUCGGCGACGCAUGCCAUCCCACACUUCCACAUUUGGCGCAGGGGGCCGCGCAGGCCAUCGAGGACGGCGCCACAAUUGCCAUCGCUCUGCGGCGCAUGCCAGAUACACAAUUCACGACCAUUACCCGGGCGUUGAAGGUGUACGAGAAGGUGCGCAAGGACCGGGCAUAUGCGCUGGUGGAAAUGGCGGCGGCCUCGGGCCGGGCGCUGCAUCUAGGCGACGGAGCAGCCAAGGAGGAGCGGGACAAGCAGUUCGCGACCCUGCGGCAGGGCAAGGGGCCAGUGCCGGAUAAAUGGGCGGAUGCGGAUGUGCAGCGGGAAAUCUACGGGUUCGACUGCCAGAAAGUGACGGAGGAGAAGUUCGACGAAUACUUUGCGUAA